GUGCCUUCUGGAAUGAGGAAUACGAAGAUGUGUCUCGUCGUCGUCGUUAUGACUUUGGGGCCUUCACUAGAGAAGUCCACAGGCGUCGAUCUAAGAAUUAUUGCAUGGAAGAGUCUGAAACUCAUCAUCAUCAUGGCCAUACUAAACCCACUGCCAUGACAGUUCAAAUACGGGAGUUGAUGGCUGAGAGAGAGGCACAGGAGGAAGAUCUUGGAGCUAUGCGCAAAAUGGUGGAGUUCCUUAGUGAUAGAUGUCAACAGUUGGAGGCCGCAUACAAUGAUAGGGAGACGAGGUUUAGAAGGGAGAUGGAGGAGAUGGAAGAACAGCACAAGAGGGAUAUGGCUCUGGUUGGGGUUGAGAUGAGCGAAUUGGAGUCUCGAGUAGAGGCCCUAUCUGAUAUAAAGCAUGAGUUGAACUUCCGAGUACAGCAAUUAGAGGCCGCUCACGCCUCUGGAAAGGCCUGCAAGAACUGUAGUGUUGCCAUGCAGGCAUUUGGUAAGGGCUAA